AUGCAAGGCUUUGUCAAAGACCGGCAAAACACCAACAGUCCGCAUAAUGCUCUAACCAAUGCCCAACACGUACCCAAGACUGGCCGGCAAGCUGUUGGUGCUAAUGCAAGGGUGCCAAUCAAAAAUGGACUUCCUUCCCAGCGACGUACACCAGUAUCUGGAGCCCUGGGACGUGGGUCUGCCAACGCUCAGAACAGCUCAGCUGUCCUGCAGAACCCUCGACGCGCUCAUUCGGCUCAAGGUCACAGUCAAAAACGUGAUCCCUACGAUACUGAUGCAGAAAGCCUAGACACUACUAUCGAUCAAUCUGUUGUUCAAGUAGAGGGCGUUCCACGGAAUGAGCAAGUCUUUGACCUUGGUGUGAGUGACGAUGUGGGAGAAAGCAAUCUAGGCUCCGAAGAGUCAGAGCAUCUUUACGAAGAGGAAAACCAAGGCAUCACCCAAGAUGAUGAAGACUUUCUCAAGCAGCAAGGACUUAGUCAUAUAGAGCAAAGUCAAAAGAUUGUAUUCCUACAGCAAGCGGGACGAACGGGUCUGCCAAACAUCGAUGGCGAUUCAUACCCAACUACCACAAACGGCGAGCCUUCUGAAUUGGAUGGUAUCCAGGAGCCGCCUUCCGAUAAUCGUUAUGAAGGUCGUCAAAGCUCUCCAUUCCGUCAGCACCUCAACGUCAAGCAUGAGCCUGGACAGCCAAAUGUGCUGCAGUCAACACAUCGCCAACAGAAACUGUAUAUGCCAGUCCCGAGGCAGAGCCUCCAUAAGCCUUCGCAGCUGUUUGAGCAGUCUGCACAACUCCGCGAUCAGACACGCGCCAAUGCGCCCACUGUGCAACAACCUAGGCAAAACUUUCAGCAGCAUCGUGUCGUAGCUCAGUCCGGCCAGCCACCCGCUUACAGUCAGCCAAAUGCAAGGGUUGCUGCUGCUGGUUUUCCCAUGAUUGCAAAUCCCUAUCAGAACACCCAUAUCGAAGCCAAUAAUCAGCAAUAUGUCCAUCGUCAAGAACCUGGUCCUUCCCAUGUGCAGUUCCAUUUCGAACCCGUAAAGCCAAUGGAGCCACCUGCACCUGUAGAGUACCCUUUUUCAGCGCAAGCGAUACCCAAACAAACAAGCUACCAACCCCCAGUCGAACAGGUUGCAAUUGAGGAGCCUCAGGCUAUCCAAAUCGAAGAUUAUGACCCUGAGACGCUCUUCAACAUCAAGUAUGAAAGCCUCAAGAAUGAAAGCUUCGAUACCGAUCCACGUGCGAAACCUGCUGUUCUCAAUGAGGAAGAUGCCCAGAAACCUUUAUCCGAACGUCUCGUCCUGGUACAGAAGAAUCUCAACCCAGACAAGCAAGCCGAUUUCUUUUCCUCCCUCCCUACUAGUGAAUGGGAGGAUGCUGGGGAUUGGUUUCUUGAUCAGUUUCAGAGUAUCAUUCAGCGCAUGAAGCAAGCAAGGCAGAAAAAGCGUAAGCUUGCGCAAGAGUUUGAAGAAGAAGUCGAGAAGCGACAUAGGCAUGUGGCGAAGAAGCAACAGCAGGUCGAGCAGGCUAUGGAAAAGAUGAAGGCUCAGGGUGAAAGUCUGGUACCUAGGAGUCCGAGACCUUCGAAGAGCCCUAGGCCCAGAAGGAACUAA